AUGUCAACUUCUUCUUGCCUACAAAGGUGUAAAAACAAAGGGCGUGAUCAUGGAAUCCCAAGAUACAAUGACGCGAAACAAUCUUUUGGUUUAAAUCGAGCUCUUGAUUGGUCUGAUAUUUCAUCUAAUCCAGAUGUACAAAAACGUUUACGUGAUGCGUAUGGUACUGUUGAUCAAAUUGAAGCGUUUCCUGGGGGUCUUGCUGAAGAUCAUGUUCCUGGUUCAAAUCUUGGUCCUUUAUUUUAUCAGAGUUAUAUUAAUCAGUGGACCAAUAUACGCGAUUCUGAUAGAUUUUGGUAUGAAUCGCCAGCUGCAGGGUUUACUGCUGCAGAAAUAGACACCAUUCACAAUACGACUUUGGCCAUGGUAAUUGCUAGAAACAUUCCAAGUACAUCUUCAAUACCAACAAAUCUAUGGGUGGUUCAACCGAUUGUCGCUCCUAAUGCCACCGGUCCAAGUUCUUAUUCCCCAUUAAAUAUUCUAAAAUUUUCCAACACAUAUCAAGUCCAAUGGAGAAUUGAUGGUACUGACCUUUAUUUGUUGAUGACAAUGCAAAGUACAAGUGCCUGGUUUGGUAUUGGAUUCAAUCCAUUAGAUGGUGGCAUGUUGGACGCAGAUAUGAUAAUCGUAACUUCAAACAGCUCUAUGAUAGACGUUGGUCUUUAUAGACCCACUGCUUAUCAGAAACCUAUUCGUGAUACAACUAGUACUUUUCUCACCGUCUUAAGCAAAAAUUCAACUAACGGGUACACUCAAGUAGAAGUAAAACGUCCUCUUAACGCUCCUAAUCGACGACCAAUUACUAAUUCCGCAAUAACAACAAUUUAUGCCUUCAAUCCAGAUUUCAGUAUAUUAACUUACCAUGGCGGAAAUCGAGGAUCUAUGAGUGUUAACUUUUUUUCUGCAACAACUUUUGGUUCUGUUACUAAUCAAGCCAGAGAAAUGCAGUUAGUUCAUGGAAUUGGCAUGUUUUUAAUGUGGUGUGUCUUAUUCCCAGUGUCAAUAUGGAUUGUUAGGUAUAUGAGACAUAAGAAUUCAUAUAUGUUCCAGCAUCGAAAUCUCCAAAUAAUUUCUGCUUUCUGUGUUGGAGUAUUUGGUGCUGUAGCGAUGUCUUCUAUUACCGUACAAUUUAGAGUUCCACAUGGAAUUCUUGGUACCACAAUCUAUAUUAGUUUAAUUGUUCAAGUCGCGUUAGGAAUAUUGGCAAUGUUUGGUUUGGCUCAUGUUGAAUCUGCUU